GUUACGUACGUUACAAGGGGGUUGGGGUUAGAGCUGCGGGCUUUUAGCGACGGCUUUUACGGGGUGUUGAAGAGGCGCUGAGCGGGUGUGUGAGCGUGAGGCGGGUCCGGAGUGGGUGGGACUAAACCCUGGGCAGAAAGGGCGGGAAUUUGUGUCUCUAUCAGGGGGCGCCGUGUUAUUGUCUGUCAGGGAAGUGGGCGGUGCCGCUGUCAGACCUAUAGAGGGCGCUGCUGGGAAAUGUAAGUGAGGGGAAGUCUUCAAAUUCCAUUGGAUCUCCUGCGACUCCUCAAAACUAGACCCACCGAUGUCUCAAUUCCAGCAGCUGGUGCUGAACUCCACAGAGCAGACCAACCCCGCCCAGAGCCUUACAGGUUGUGUGUAUCACGUCAUUCAAGGUGUUGGGCUUCCUGGACAAAAUGUUCUAAAACUGAUACCGGUGUCCAAGCCAGCGAGCAAUUUAAUCCCAGUGUUUCAGCAGCCUGUGAUCUCCGGUAUAUCGGCACAAAAGCUAGCGGUGCUGCCUCCUGUGCUUUCAAAUUCCACCUUGCCCACCCCAGUAACCUUGCCCGUGUUACAGCAACCUGCUUUUGGCAAUUAUAUCAUCACCGCAAAUAGCAGUCUUCCAGAAAGUGCAAAAACUCUCCGCGUUGACCAGACAUCUCCCCUUCAGAACGCAACUGUGAUUCUUGAGAAGCCCCAUGUGACUGUUCCAUCGAGCUUUCCUCAGACAGCAGCACCAACAUUUGUCAUGGUGAAACCGACGCCAGCCGUGGUUACUGUAAAUUCACCCCCCAUGUUGCCUUCGGGACAUCAUCUCCAAAUUCCUGCCAAUGCUGAAGUGAAAUCUGUCCCAGCUUCUUCCUUGCCUAUCGCUAUUCAGCAGAAGAUCAUCACAGCAGCUAGCCGCGGAGAUGUCAAUAGAAACCCUUCUGUUAUAUACGUUUCCCCAGUUAACACUGUGCGGACCCUGGCUGCAAAACCAUUGAGCCCUCUGAGCCCCAAGACUGACACAACAACCCCAGCGCCAGUAGGCGUUAUGGUUCCAGCUCCUAAACCUUUUCAGUCAACUGCAGAAGCUCCAAAUGCACCAAUGAAAUGGAUUGUGCAACAGAAUACAGAGUCGGCAGCCUGCCUUGUUCCAGUAAAAUCCUCCAAUGACACUGCUUCAAAGAUUCUAAAACUGCUUUCAGGGGCUCAAAAUGACCAAAACAACCUUGCAAAUGUUUUGCCCGUGUCCAACAGCCCUGCUAGUUCUACUACAAAAGCUAUUAAUAUUAAAGAUAAUGCUCUUGUUAUGUACAAUAAUAAAAUUUACCUGCUGGCCAAACGGGGGUCUGAAGUUUUCGAUUCAGAAGCUAAACAACCUGUGUCAUCAAGUCAGGUUUCUCCGGAAAAAUUAGUGUCAAGUCCUGACAAAGAUAUCUCCAAUAAGGUGGUGGAAGUAGUACUUUCAAAGAAUAAAACUUCCGGGUCGUACGGCAAUCAACAAAUAAGUUCUACUGCAGAGAACACUACUCAGAACUUGAACAUAAAACAGACCUUUACUCCCAAACCUUUGCAAGGGAACAGGGCUAUGACCAAUGGCAUUUCUGUAAACAAUGAUUCCAUCAAAGAAAAGCACUUGAUUAUUCCUAGAUCUCCACAACAAGAUCGCAUUUACACGCCUCCAAAGCAGACGCCUGCAAUUAACAUGAACUGUGUGAAAGAUGAACCCGAGGAUCCUGUUCCCAUUGCACAGACGAACCAGGUACAGAGACUGACAAUACCUGUUGUUAAACGCGAGAAAACUAUAACUCCGAUUACUCCGUGCAGCGAUAAAAAUUUAAGACGGAAAUUUGGUUUGAUUAAAAAAGAAAAAGUAAUAUUAAGGAGGCUUCCUUUACUACAGGCUCAGACCUCAUCAAAGGUGGCAGUGGAACAGCAUGGGAUGAAAAGAAAAUCUGCAUCUCCAGACCCUGCACAUCAGUUGAAGAGGAGAAAGAGCCUUGAUGAAUCUGUUCUUAGACAAGACUUUGCCCCGGUCCAGAGUAACAAUCCUAAUUCACUUUCCUCCACAACAAGUCGCCCUCUUUCUGCCGGAUCCUUGCGAGCAGCAUCGGUGCCCCCUGUAACAGUAGGUUCUGUCUCGUCCUUACUAUUAACUUCCAAUACCCCUGCCAAUCCCUCGGCCCAGAUUAAAAACCCAAACCCAUCAUCAAAUCCCCCAGAACAAAGUCAUUCUGAUGAAAGUUCCUCCCAGUCAAAUUCAGAGCCUGCGCCUCCGGGCCAGUACUUUCCAACCGUCGCUCCGGUUUAUUUUGAAGAUACAAUUCGAGAUGAGAAAAUCCGCAGACUUAAAGAGCUGCUCAAGGAACGGGAACAAGAACUGGAGGCAAUCAGAACACAAAUGAGAACUUGAUUUCCUUACAGAUCUCAACCGGUGGUCAGAAUUCCUUUCAGAUCCCACUCCGGUGGUCAGAAUUCCUUGUAGAUCCCACUCCGGUGGUCAGAAUUCCUUGCAGAUCCCAACCGUCGAUCAUCAGUUGGAAGCAUUAGGUCUUUCUAUUGCAAUGAUUGCAGGAUGAAAGAUUCCUACAAAGCUUUCUUAGCUACAGUUUAUUCUAUAAAGGGAGGAAACAGACAUUCCCACCACUCAAAUUAAGUAGGACUCGUCCCUAUUCAAUGUCAAGUAGAGCCAAUAUGGUACAUGUACAGAAUUUAGCUGCCUGCUCUAUAUCUAUUUAGAUAUGUGGAUUUUUGUUUUUGUAGCAGUGAGUGCAAAACAGGUUUUUAGUGUGGCGGAAUAUCUAUGAUGUACUUGUGUGCUAGAAGCAUAGAUGUACUUUGCUUUAUGCUUUAGCUGUAAAUUUGUCCUGGGUAGAUGUCUAAUAUAGAGGGGAGCAUGAAUUAUCCUCCAGGGGCACACACACUAUCAAGCACCUAGUUUACUGUACAUUUAUAUAGAUUUCUAUACAAUUUUAGCAAACGUGACAUGAGAAUUCUUUCUUUUUAUUUGUUGGAUAUGAAAACUGUAUCUGCUAAAACGCCAAAUCCUCUCAACGUGAAUUUAGUAGAAUUCUACUUUUUUUUUUUUUUUUAGUUUCUGCAGAACCAAGAAUCCAUGCAGCGUGCUUCCCACAAAAGUUCUAAUUCUAAGAAACAUUUAAAGGGGUCGGAACCACAAACAUAACAUUUUUUUAAUAAAAUCUUGUUUAUUUCUAAGCAACUGUCCAAUAUGUAUUUGUGUUAAAACUUUUCACUGACUUUAGAGUUGAAAAUGCAGUGGCCGUGGAAAGCUUUCAUUAGUAUACGCAGGAUUGGAACCUCUGGGAAUUUGCAACGACCCCAUUGUUGUUAAUGGAACACGUAGUCCUGAAGAGACGGAAACAGCAGCUGUACAAUUGUUGACAAUUUGUAAUUAUAGGAAGAUUGCUUAGAAUGAAUGUGUUUUUAUUAUGCAAAAAUGUUAUAUUUGAGAUAACUUCCCAUUAACUGGA